CUCCAUUCUGUGAAGAAAAAUCUUUCAGUUUUUUGAAACAGUAUAGAUUAAGAUUCCCUUUCCCAGUUCUCGGUUCUCACCCCUUUCCCAAACACCCAAAAUAAUAAUAAAAAACAUCAUAACAAUAAAUAAACAAUGACUUUCUCGCGUUUCACAGAAAGCUAACAACAGUAACACGCACGUAUGUAGGUAUGUGCAAGUGUGUUCAUUCACUCAAGUUUCAAACUUUCAAAUGUCAGAGAGACAGAAGAUGGUGCCAACCAGCACUGAACUCCAACCGAGAGCACCUUGCAACCUUGUACUGUUCCUCUCUGCUCCUCCAACUACACUUCCACUUUCCGCAAGGAUCACUGUUGGAUUCGAUCUGUAUGAGUUCAAGGUUUGAUCUUUUUUACCAUGGAGUGCUCAGAUACUAAGCCUGUGAAACCCAACUCGAAUAAUAUAUCGGAAAUGGUGUGCAAGUUUGCCAAAGUUUGUAAAUUGAAGUCUAUUGGGGUGUUCUCUUCCGAAAUCCCCAAUCUCCCUCACUUGCAAAGAUCCAUUUACAAUGAGACCCUUCUGAGUGAAGACAGCAGUGAAGAGAGCAGAUGCUAUGACCAGAAAGUGCAUCCCCACCCCACUGAAGUUCCUGCCAAAGAUAAUGCUUGUGCUGGUUUGGAGGUCAUGAGGAAGCUGUUUGAUGCUGUUUCGGCGCUGAAAUUGGCAUACCUUCAGCUUCAGCAGGCUCAUAUCCCUUAUGACCCUCAGAAGAUUGUUGCAGCUGAUGACCUUGUUGUUGCUGAGCUUGAGAAGCUUUGCAAGUUCAAGCGCGAAUAUGUGCAGAAACAUUGCAAGAAAACAAGGUUCAAUGCCGCUCGUUCUUCUCCCUUGAUGGCUGAAAUUGUGGCCAAAGAGGCACUUUUGGGGAAGCUGAAGUCUCAGAACAGUGCCAAAGAUUCUGAUAUUCUUCAGUUGUGGCGGGAGCUGCAAGAUUUGGAGAUGGGGAAUAAAAAUCUGAGUGAGAAGAUCAAGCAGAUAAGUUUGGAGAAAAGGAGAGCAGGUGUUUUGAGUGUUACUAAGGUUCAGGAUGUCUUCAAGGCUGCUUCAAAGUCCAUUCAUGAUUUUGCAAAACCGUUGAUUAGCUUGAUGAAAGCUUCGGGUUGGGACCUUGAUAGGGCUGCAAACUCCAUUGAGAAUGGUGCUGUUUAUUCCAAAAGGUGUGACAAGAAGUAUGCUUUUGAGGCCUACAUUGCGCGCAGAAUGUUUCAUGGGAUCGCUUUAACAUCUUAUGAUGUGAGUGAUAUUAUGAAGUUUGAUGACCCUUUUGAUGCACUAAUGGAGAAUCCACAUUCUGAUUUUGCCAAAUUUUGUCAAGCAAAGUACCUUCUUGUUGUGCAUCCGAAAAUUGAAGAGUCAUUCUUUGGCAAUUUGGAUCACAGAACAUUCGUAAUGAGUGGCAAGCACCCUAGAACCAAGUUCUAUCAGUUGUUUGCUAAAAUGGCAAAAUGGGUUUGGGUUUUACUUGGAUCUGCUGUGUCAAUAGAUCCUGAAGCAACCUUGUUUUCGGUGAGCAGAGGAAGUGUGUUUUCCAGCUUGUACAUGGAAUCUGUUGAGGAAGAAAAGGAGAGUGCAAUACUUUCAGAUGAAGAAAGAGUGACAUAUAAAGUUCAGUUCAUGAUCAUGCCAGGGUUUCAAAUUGGAAAGAUGGUGGUGAAGUCUCGAGUUUAUGUCUCGAAAAAUUCUUUAAGCUAAAUGGCGGACCUUUUAACUGGUAAUUCAGCUAACAGAACCACAUAAUUUUUGUACUAGAGUUCUUUUAAUGGCACCUUAGCUAGUCAAGAUAACCAUGGCUACUAGGUUAUGCUAGAACCUCAAUCCACCAUCUCUAUAUUUGUAAUCUUUCCUAUUAAUGUGAGACCUGGGAUAUGUAGUCGUUACAGUGGUCUUAUAUUUCUUUCUUUCUGCACUGUAUUUAUUUUUAACCUUUCAAAUUUCUCUCCAAACUGUAAAUAUGUGUGCAACUAAAACUGCCGUUCAUGAAUGCACUCUAGUUUAUUCUGUGGUCA